CCAUGGGGCGAGUCCCGGCCUUCACCUGCCCGCACUUCCGCGGGCCCCGGCCGCGUUUCAGGGCUCCUGGGGCGGCAGGAAGGGCUCAGGUUCAGGUUUAGGUUCGGGUUAGGGGGACUGGGUGCUCUCUGCCUCUGCUGGUAGCCUGAGACACCCUGAAAAAUGAGUCACCGGGGACUCACCAAGACAAACCCGGGCCUAGGAAUGGGGUCACUGCCGGGAGGGUGAGCCUGAGUCCCAGCCCGUGAGAUCGGACAGGAGCACUGCUCAAACUGGAGCACAGACAGGAGCACUGAACGAGAACCCUCCAUGCACCCGUGGCUCAGCCUCUGAGCUAAGGGGCAGCAGCAGCUCCUGUCCCCAGCCUCCCUGGGAGUGUGUCUGUGGGGCUGGGGUAUCCCUUACCUAUGGUUUCCUGGGGCCAUGGUCACACUCACAGGACUAGAGGGGUGAUUUGGUUAAAUCCCAUCUUCUCUGCUCCUAGAUCACAGCGUAGAGCAGCUCCUGGCACCGCUGAGCCAAACUGGAUUUCCACCAGUGACCUGGGAGCAGUGAGUCCUGUGUGGGCCCUCGGCCAGCAUGACCAGCGAGGUGGUGGAGAACGAGUUUGAGUUUUACUCCAAGGCAGAGAAGUACUGGAAGGAUGUGCCCGCCACGGUGGAUGGCAUGCUGGGGGGCUACGGCCACAUCUCCAGCAUCGACAUCAACAGCUCCAGGAAGUUCCUGCAGAGGUUUCUGCGGGAUGGCCCCAACCGGACGGGGACAACCCGAGCUCUGGAUUGCGGGGCUGGCAUCGGCCGGAUCACCAAGCGGCUGCUGCUGCCCCUCUUCAAGACAGUGGACAUGGUGGAUGUGACAGAGGACUUCCUCACCAAGGCCAAGAGCUACCUGGGCGAGGAGGGCAGGCGGGUGCGCAACUACUUCUGCUGCGGCCUCCAGGACUUCAGCCCUGAGCCCAACUCCUACGAUGUCAUCUGGAUCCAGUGGGUCAUCGGACAUCUCACUGACAACCACCUCUCCGACUUCCUGAAGCGCUGCCGUGCCGGCCUGCGGCCCAACGGCAUCGUGGUCAUCAAGGACAACAUGGCCCAGGAGGGUGUGAUCAUGGACGAUGUGGACAGCAGCGUCUGCAGGGACCUGGACGUGGUCCAUAAGAUCAUCCGCAGAGCUGGGCUGCACCUCCUGGCUGAGGAGCGCCAGGAGAACUUUCCUGAUGAGAUCUACCACGUGUACACCUUUGCCAUGAGAUGAGGGCAGCGGGAGAAGGUCUCUCCCGUGUCGUGACUGCCCUUCCAGGGCCGGUGACAAGGACGGGACUUUGUCUUCCAAGUUGCUGCUGUUUGUGAAAAGAGGUGUUUGCCAAAUACAUUUUCCUGCUGUUGCACUUCUGCA